CUCCUCAUCCUAUACACGACCUACUCGAUAUAGCGAACAGCGAGACCAUGGCCACCCUCAGAUCCGCUUUGAUCAACACGGCCACCCGCUCCGUCGCCAAUGGCAAGCACGGCAAGAACACCCUCCCCGCUGCGAUCCGAUGGGGGUCCAGUUCGGCGCCUGUCCAGUCACAAUCGGAACCCAAGGCUCCUAGGCCUAUUGAUGAUAGUACCAGCGCUUUGGAUUACAAGAUGACGAAACGCCGUCCACCCACCCUCCCCGUCCUCGGCGGGUACCGAUCCCCGACGGCUGAAGAGGCCGUGACGAACAUCCUUUAUAACACGCCUGCUCCGAGUUUGGAGCCUUAUAAGAGACACACAUUCAACUGUCUCGUCCAGAACGAACCUGGAGUCCUCUCGAGGGUCUCGGGGAUCUUGGCUGCGAGGGGGUUUAAUAUCGACUCGCUGGUCGUAUGUCAGACCGAGAUCAGGGACCUCUCCCGGAUGUGUAUCGUCUUGAGGGGACAGGACGGAGUGAUCGAGCAGGCUAGGAGGCAGUUGGAGGAUCUGGUCCCCGUCUGGGCCGUCCUGGAUUACACCAAGACCUCGACCAUUUCGCGAGAAUUGCUCCUGGCCAAAGUGUCCGUGCUCGGACCCGAGUACGCCGAACAGCAGAUGUCUGGGGGACCUACCCAUUCGGCGCACUCGAACGAUGCCGUUCACGACUACCUCCCUACCAACGAGGGCACGGAAAAGUUCCAAGCUGAGCAGGCUUUGGCGCAAAACUUUGAGAGCUCGGGUGGGUUGCCCCCGAGCUUGUCCUCUUACAACGGCCGACAACAACAAGGAGGACACCAGGGCCACGCGCUGUCGCAGUCCGAAGCCCUGAUCGCCAAGAACCUCCACUUGAACGCGAUCAAGACCCUGACGGACCAGUUUGGAGGCAGGUUGGUGGACGUUGCGGAAAACUCGGUCAUCGUCGAGUUGACGGCCAAGUCGUCGAGGGUCGAGGCGUUCUUGAGCCUGUUGAGGCCGUUUGGGAUCUUGGAGGCGGCGAGGUCGGGAUCGAUGGUCAUGCCCCGAACCCCGAUCCCUAGGAACAACUAUGACGACGACGAGCCCGCCGAGGUCGCUGCGCUCGACGCUUCGUUGUUGCCUCCCGGUUAAGCUGCAACUGCUCCUCCGAGCAGCAUCCAAGACGUCGAGAGGCUCUGCACUGCAUGUGACGGUCGACACGUCAAACAAAAGAAGUGGCUGGGGGAGAUGGGGGAAAAGAGGGUUCGGAGCCCGGUCAUCGAGAGGAAGAGCGGAGUAAGAAUUUGGUUCUUGUCGUGGUGAUACUUUUCUUUUCUGCGAGAUUUCAUACCAUUCAUACAUCUGGGCUG